ACGCGCAGCGGCGCCUUUUAGCCGUUAGCUCCGAAGCUGAAAUGCUGUAAGAAUUAUAAUAAACAUUUAAAAUAACAAGGAGCUCGUUUUCCUCAGGCCCCGACAGAAAGACAGUCAUUUCGACAUUUGUGGGUUCUCAAAGAUGCAUUUCAGUCGUGUGUGUAUGUUUGUAACUAUAUAUAUAUACAUAUAUAAUCAUUAAUGUGCCAAAAUGUCCUAUGACAUCAUCAUUGUUCCUCCUGAGAUGAGCUUCCUCUAUGUUGAUGAGAACAUAAUUUGAAUAUAGACCUGUUAUUGCUUGGAAUAUCACGUUAGAGCUCUAUUAGCUGAACUAACUUCACACACCACGGGACUGCUGAUGAUCGUUUUUCUUUUUUUUGGCCAUUGUGUCAUCUUUAAAUUGUAGACAGCUUAGACCCUGAAUACAUUCAAUGUGCAAUGUAGGUACACCGCUAGUCUUCCUAUUUUAGAAGCUGGAACCAGCCAAUUUCUUGCAAUUUGCUCAGCUAAAAUAGUAAUUGAUCAUAAAUCAGGGGACAUACAUUUUUUACAGCGCAAUCACUAAAUUAUUUGUCAUAAUCCAAAAAUAUCCUUUGGUUGCAAAUGGCUCCAUGUUGGUUUUUAUCAUUGCCAAGAUCUCUCCGUUUGGCACAGUCUGUCGACGAGUGAGUAAAGGAAACAAGAGGUGUGUGGGAAACAAACAAAGUAGGUCAACUGCCAAAUGUUACGCCCAUCCAGGAACGUUGAUCGUCUUAAGACAAUCUGGCUUCAAUGGAAAGGUUGUCCCCGCCACACGCCGCCGCCAUGCUGGGCUGUUUGCUGCGACGAGGCUGCGUCCCCCUGGUCCUCCUGUGGGGCCUGAUGCUGCCUCUGGUCUCCCCGCGCCGCUUGAACCAACACGGGGGCCGCAGCCCGGGCCCGAGGGACCGGCCCAAGCUGCUGCUCCUGUCCUUCGACGGCUUCCGCUGGGACUACAUCGACCGCGUCCCGACGCCCAACUUCCGAAACCUCAUCGACAACGGCGUGAUGGUGGAGCAGGUGGAGAACAUCUACAUCACCAAGACCUUCCCCAACCACUACAGCCUGGUGACCGGGCUGUACGCCGAGACGCACGGCAUCGUGGCCAACGAGAUGUACGACCCGGCCGCCAACCGCUCCUUCUCCAUGGAGACGGACAGCAUUUACGAGUCCUGGUGGUGGGAGGAGGCGGUGCCUCUCUGGGUGACCAUCCAGAAAGCCGGAGGGCGCAGCGGGGCGGCGAUGUGGCCGGGGUCCGACGUGAAGAUCCGCGGCGCGUUCCCCAACCGCUACAUGCCGUACAACGCCUCGGUCUCCUUCGAGGCCAGGGUCGGGCGGAUCGUCGAGUGGUUCUCCGCCCCCAAGGAGGAGGCGGUGGACUUCGGGGUUCUCUACUGGGAGGAGCCGGACGAGAGCGGGCACCUCCUCGGGCCGGAGAAUUCCCUCAUGGACCCGGUCAUCAUCGACAUCGACGCCAAGCUGGGCUACCUCAUCAACGAGCUGAAGAAGGCGGGGCUGUACGAGAGGGUGAACCUGAUCGUGACCAGCGACCACGGCAUGGCGCAGCUUUCCCCCGACAAGAUCAUAGAACUGGACGAGUACGUGAGCAGGGACCUGUACACCUGGGUGGACAAGAGUCCCGUGGUGGGAAUACUGCCCAUGGAAGGGAAGAACGAUGAGGUGUACAGCAAGCUGGUGGACGCAAACCCCAACAUGGUGGUGUACAAGAAGGAGGACCUCCCCGAGCGCUUCCACUACCAACACAACAUCAGGAUCAUGCCCAUCCUCAUCGAGUCCAAGGAGGGCUGGACCAUCAUGCAGAACAGGACCGGGCCCUUCAUGCUCGGGAACCACGGCUUCGACAACACCCUGCGCAGCAUGCAGCCCGUGUUCGUGGCCCGCGGGCCGGCCUUCCGCCAGAACUACAUCAAGGACUCCAUGCGCGCCGUUGACCUCUACCCCCUCAUGUGCCACGUCCUGUCCGUCCCCGCCCUGCCCAACAACGGCUCCCUCCGAAACGUGCAGGACCUGCUGUCCCGGGAGCCGGCCCGGACCACGCCCAGCGCCCCGCCCCCCCCCCGGGUCCACGCGCACUCCUACGCCCCCGUGGUGGGCUCCCUGCUCGGCGUGGUGAUGGUGCUGGGCUUCCUGGCGGUCUACGUGAAACAAGUGACCCUCAGGCAGCUGCCCUCGCUGAAGCACAGGAGCCGGGAGAUGUCGCAGCCGCUGCUGCAGGAGGACUUGCACCUGUAGCCGAGGAGAGAGAGAGGGAGGGAGGGAGGGAGACGCAAGAAGAUGAAGAAGAAGAGGAGGAGGUGGUAUCGCUCCCCCAAGGUAGUGCUCUCUGUUCAGAAGAACCCCCCCCACACACACACACACACACACAUCCCCCCCCCACAUCCCUCAUGCCACUAAAUCUCAUUGUGCUGCUUAAAGGGAAUCCAAUCUACUAGAGAUGUGCAUCUGGCCUUCUUGUGUGUGAGGGAGACGUUUGGGCUUCUGGUUCAAGCUUCAUCAAGAUAAUAAACCUCUACGUGGGCUUUAGUGGAUUUGCUUUGGUUGUGAAUUUUUACCCAUUUCCUCGUUGUCGUGUAAUAAUAACGGGAUUGUCUCCUGUGAUUCUAGGAAGUACGAACCUUUGUUGGCCAGAGAGUUGGAAAACACACCGGUGUCAGUGUGCUCGAAACAAACUUGUCUGAAUUAGUCUUUAAUUCUCUAAGCAUCCUAUGAUUCAUCAUAUAAACUGACCAGAUUUGUUUCAAUCGUUUAAAAAUACAACCUUAUUUCAUGAGUGAAAAAAAAAAAAAUGAGUCCAGAGCGAUUACAUUUUUGGGACGUGACUAUGAUCUGGCGCGUUGCGGCUCAACGGGGGAGAUCUUUAUCGGUCAAUACUGAUCAUCAAUGAUCAGCAAUUCGUAUCGGCCACAACAAAUCCAUCGGGAAUUUCUAAUGGUUGUAUUUGCUCCCUUUUUUUUUUUUUUUAACUCGUUUCCAUCCCAUCCGCAGAAAGGGAUUAAAGCUGAAGAGCAUCACACCCGCUGCGAGGCCAUUGUUCCUCGAUGCAUCGUUGUUCUUGACGGUAGAAGUAAAACGAGGCGGAUCCAGGUGUAAACGGCACCUUUUCAAACCGACGUUAAAGUGCCUGACCGAUGCUCCACGUCGUUACAGACAGUUCGAAGCACACUGACACCAACCAAGCUCCGCUCUGACGUAGGAUGUUAGUUUAGUGCCGGCAGGUCGAGUGGGGUUUGUUCAUUUUUUUUUGAAUGUUACCUGGAAGUAGAUGUUCCUCUAAAGACUCGGCGCAGGUAAUCCCAAUCUGCCCGAUGACAUCACCACCUUUGCUCUUCAGUAGUGAGUAACCAUUUGCCUUUUAACUUUAACGGAGAACGCGUCUCCGAGGUGUGCAAUCGUUAGUGCGUCAAAGUCCGUUGUGUCCUUUUUUUUUUUUUUUUGUGUGUUUGCGGUUCAGCCCUCCGGCUCGUACCUCAUUAUCGUUUGUUGGUGAACUGUAAAGUCGGUCAGUAUUUCGUCAAAGGGAUUUUGUUGCUGUUUUGUUGAGGAGACCCUUUCCACUUUGACUCCCCUGAUUUGCACUAUGGGCCCGAGACGGGACGGGUCAAAGGGUCAAAGGGGCGGAGGGACGGAGGACGGAUGCUUUUGGGUCAUUUAUAGUUUGCACUUCUCGUUGUUAGUGGCCAUCUGGAAAUGGUGAAAAAAAAGAAAAGAAAAUAGGUGCCUCUUGCCAAAGUUUUUCAGCUUUUUCUUAGUUCUUUUAAAUGCAUUGAGUAAUACAUGUGCCCCCCCCCCCCCCCCCUAGAAAAAAAAUAAAUCAAUGACAGAUAUCACUGUGAUACUUAAAAAAAUGUAAAUUCAAAAAAAUGAAAGCAUUUUUAUUGAAAUUGUUAAUUUUGUGAUAAUUGUCUGCUUGUUUUCCCUGGCUUACAUCCACACUUUACUUUAAUAAUUCAUUUGAAUUCGUUAGAAAAGAACCAAUGUAUUAGAUCAGCUUAAUCUGUUAAUUAUCAACUUGUUUUCAAAAAGAAUAGGAUUUCCAAACUCUUUGCCAUGUUGAUGGAAUUAAAGACCUGUGUGAAACCGA